AUGGCGCUCGUAACACCGUCCAGCCCGUAUGACAAUGUCAACACUGCUGAUCUCUAUACCGUCAAGUUCGACAAUCUUUUUGAUGGAGACGAGCAAGAGUUGACGACUCUGUUAAAGGCCUGCGAGAGGGACGGCUUCUUCUAUCUGGAUCUUCAGGGCUCGGGCUCUGGGAAACUGUGGAAGGACUUGGACCGAGUGGGCGAAAUUGCCAAGCGCUGGUUCGCUCAGCCCGCCGAAGUCAAACUGGAGACUCCAACAUUAUCGCUGGCACAUGGAUUUAAGGCUACCGGUAACCAGUCCGGGGCAGUUGAGUCACUCAGAGAUGGCUUCGAAGCUUUGAAAAUUGGUAGAAACGAACUGCUCGGCCGCUGGGCGCUUCCCUCGGUUGUCCAGGACAACUUGCCCCUAUUCGACCAGUUCAACGCCUCCUGUCACUUUAUCUUGAAACUCCUCCUGGACUGUCUCUCAGACGGUUUGAAUCUCAAAGGAAGCGCCCGUCUAGACACCUAUCACCGCGACGACGCCCGCUCCAAGAGCACUCUUUACUUUUUGCACUACCCGCCCGGCACCGAGAACCUGGAAGAAGUCGGCCAGAACAUGCACACCGACAUUGGUACGCUGACCCUCCUCUUUGCACCACAAUGGGGCCUCCAGGUCGUGUCGCCCGUAACAGGCGCCUGGGAGUACGUCAAGCCUCGGCCGGGACACGCAAUUAUCAAUGUCGCCGACACUCUGAGGUUCCUAUCCAACAAACGCUUCCGCUCGGCGCUGCAUCGCGUCCUUCCACUAGGUGGUAUCCAGCAGGAAGAUCGCUACGCAGUUUCGUAUUUCUUGAGGGCGUCGGAUGCCACUGAGUUCAAGGACAGCAAUGAUAAAGAGUCGAAUGCCAAGAACUGGUACCUGACAAAGUAUGAGACGUAUGAGCUACCGCACGAUAUUCAGGGCAAGGAAACCGUGCUGUCGGGGGGGAUGGCGCAGGAACUGCGGGUCACGUUUUGA